CAAACAAUCGCAAGAAGAAGUGGAGCAUUGUGGGAAAAAACAGAGUUUCAUCAUGGCCACGCAGCGUUGCUAAUAGCCCUAUUGUGUUCUCAACCAAUAUGUUUUCAUGCUUCUAAACGAAAGUUACCUCUCAAUGUGUAUUUUUAGUUCAAAAUGAAUUGGGCAAGAAUGAGAGAGAAAGUUUGCUGACCCCUGCAUGAGCAGCGGAGGACCACCAAUGGAUAGAAUGUUUAUUAAACAUGAGGCGGGCUUGGAUGCAAGUGGCAUGGCAAGUGUGGUGGGAAGUGCUGUUGGGAGUGGGGUAGCUACGGAUGCAGCUCAAUCUCGCAUUUGUUUUGUAUGCGGGAGUGUAGGGCAUAAGGAGCAAUUUUGGCUCAAUGUCAAACCCAAUCCAAGCAACCCAAGCGAACCAUACUUUCCAUUUCUAGAGAGCCAUGAGCCACCUUCAGGUUAUAGACAUCUUUCCAAUUCACGGCCAGACACUGUGGUUCGGUCCUGCUUCCUUUGUUAUUCAGUGUUAAUGCAGCAGUGGAACAAUCAUGAACGUGAUAAAACGCCACAUGCAAGACGACUGUACUGGUUGAAACGCUGUGAUAAUGGACCUUAUACUGGUGCGGAAAUGGGCAUGCAAGGUGAAUAUGCCGCGCAAGUGCUUGGGCUUACCCAUGAGCCCAACUCUGCUCCGGUGUCUGUUGCUUUAACCAUGACUCCAAGCACUAUUCCUGCAACAGAAGCAACAACACCUGCUGCUAAUUCUAAUCCUGAGUUACCACCUUCUGGAAAUCAUCCACAACCUCCUUCAACAUUUAGGGAAGAAAUUCCAGGCCGUACUUCCUCCAUUUCUACCACUAAAGCUGCUAGUUUACCAAUUAUUACGGGUUUGCCAUCUCAAUCAUUGGACAAUGCAAGUCCAUUAUCUGCAGAUAUGGCUUUAGAUUUAAGACACACUUCUCGAAAUUCCCCAACUUUAUUGCCUACACCUCAACCGGUUUCAAGCCCCUUCGCUCGCCUCCCCAGUUCUUUUGGUUUGGACAUUUUGGACCUGAGUAUGCCUGACAAAAACGCCAUGACAGAAGUAUGUUAUGUCUGUGGUGAUGAAUUUAAGAAGGGGGUUCUAAGUCACAUUGCUGCAAAGCCACAGACUCCAAAACCUGGAGAAGUACCACCUCACCCUUCAACUGUUGAACAGAAGCCCUUCUUUCCAAGUCUGAUAAUGCAUCCAAGACCCAGCAGAUCUCGACCAAUGGACAGUGCUGGCCAUGUACAGGCAUGUGCAGAAUGUCAACGGCAUCUCCUUCAGCAAUGGCAUGCACUAACAGCUCAAAGAAUACCACACAAUGAGCGGAACUACAUUCUUCGCAAAAGGCCUGCCCCUGCCCUUGAUAACACCACGUUUGUUUGUUACACUUGCGCUCUUGAGUACCCAUCUUCUUCACUAAGACUGCUGUACUGUUGCGCGAAUGCAGAGAAGGAGCCCUACUUCCCUUUCAUAUGUAGCCUCAAACCCCCUCCUGGAGCCAGUCCCAUAUCACCGCAAGGAAUGGUGCAGGUCUGUUCUAUAUGCUAUAAGUCAAUUCCUCAAAAACAACAAGUGUUUGGAGGUGAUGCGUCGAGCAUGGUCAGUGGGUUAGCAGGCGGUCUACAAGGCAGUGUCGUGGGCAGUAUGCAUGGAAGUGGUUUAGGCGGUGAUACGGGGGCUGCCAGGUUGGCUGGUGGAAGUCAGGUUGGGAGUGACAUACGUUUCAAGCCUUAUGAAUUAAGUCGACCUCCAAGUGCAAGUGGCAGUAGGCGAAGAACUCCAACUUCUGACCAAAUGGGAUUGACAGCUUCUCCUGGAGCUGGUAGUCCGAAACCUCCCUCCUGGCCUGAGCCUCGACCAUCGUCAAGACCACAGGAAACUCCACCUCCAGCCAUUGGGACUACAAGUACUCAGCAAAGUUAUCGCUGCUACGUGUGCACCGGCCUGUUUCCCUGGAAUCACCUGGAAUGGUUGUGUACAAGCGCCGAAGGCAUGAAUUCUCAUGCAAUGCAUUUCCCAUGUUUAAGAAAUGUGGUUCGAAGCAGUGACAACACAUCAGUGGAUUCCCACGGGCGAGUGCUCGCCUGCACGCGCUGCUAUCGGCACCUGGCUCGGCAGUGGGACAACAUGGAGCAAGAGAGAGUCCCUCUGGAAAGGCGGAGGUACGACUUGCCAAGCCCUGUCCCCGGCAAUGCAGGCUGCUGGAACGGGUCCUCGUCCCCGUCGCCGCACCCCCGGUCCGCGCCCCCUACCCCGCCCUCCAGCACCCCCACCCCCACGCCCCCGGCCACGGCGGGCACGGGGGGCAGCUCCAUCUACUGCUUCCUGUGCGGCCUGCACUCGGAGCUGACGCUGGCCCGGGUGCUGUACGGCCGGUCACAGGGCCCCAGCGCGCCGUUCUUCCCGCUGCUGCUGAGCCACCACUCGCCGCCCAACGCGGAGCAGCUGCGCGACGACGGCUCGGCGCUCGUCUGCACCUUCUGCUACCACUCCCUGCUGGCACAGUGGAAAAGGUAUGAGGCUGCCGCCAGCAGUUCGGGCGCGGUGAUAACAGUGGACAAGCGGGAGUACAAUACGCACGACUACUAUUGCUACGUGUGUGGAGUGGCCACUUACCGGCGGAGGGUUCGAGCACUACCCGUAAAAGAUUUUCCGUUUUUGAAAGACCACCGGCGGUCCGACAAGCGCCUUCUGCUGGAGAACGGGGACUUCGCCGUGGUGUGCCUGGACUGCUACGAGUCUCUGCGCGCGCAGUCCCUGCAGUACGAGCGGAUGGGGCUGCCGGUGGAGAAGCGGGAGUACAACUGGAUCACGCAGCCGCCGCCGCCCGAAGACUCGCCCGACGCCUCCAUCGCCAGACUGCCGUCCGGAGAACGAACCGAAAAGUCAUCGUGUCCAUCCAUAACCACCAGCCGCACCGUCAAGAAACCCCUUCCCUCGCCCAAAGCCGCCGGCACCGGGCCCUCCGCGCCCACCGCGCCCACCGCGCCCACGGGGCCCGACAGGAAGCAGCCGAAGUCCGGACUCGCUCUCGGAGACCACCAGGGCCUCUCGUCCAAGCACCCCGGCAGUCCCGUGCCCGCCUCGGUGCUGCCGCCCGCCAAGCAGCCCCGCACCGCCUCCUCGCUGGCCAUGUCCGGCGGCCACACCGUCCCAGGGCCCGGCCCCGGUGCCGGGGCAGCCAACGCCGGCGCCGCGUCCACAGGCCACUCGGGGCACGCGGGCCAGGGCCACGGCCAGGGCACGCAGCCGCCCACGUCGCAGCCCUCCAACGGCGGCAGCCGCUCUUUCGCUGCGGCACUGAGGAACCUGGCCAAGCAGGCCGUGUCUCCGGCAGUGUUUGAAAAAUAA